UGUGCUGACCGGCCUCUGGGCUCCAGCGAUCCUCCUGCGUCGGCCUCCCGAAGCGCUGGGUGACAGGCGCCAGCCACCGUCUGUUCCCGAGAGGCAUGGCAGGACGGCAAAUAAACUGCUUCGAAGAUGUCUGAGAACCCCGACAAGUCCAAGCUGAAUGAGGCAAGAAAAGCAAAGCCAAGCGAUUCUGAGCCAGGCCUUGGAGAUGCCCUGGAAGGUUCUGAGGAGGCUCUGCAGAGGAAAGUCAGGCCGGACGCCCCCAGCCCCCACCGAGGGCCGCGACCUCACUCCAGUCCUGCUCGGUUUGUGACAGUGGAAGAGCUCCUGGAGACGGCCAGGGGGGUCACCAACAUGGCCCUCGCUCAUGAGAUUGUAGUAAACGGAGACUUCCGGAUUCAGCCAGCCGAGCUGCCGGAGGACAGCUUGGAGAAGAGAGUGAAGGAGAUUGUCCACCAAGCCUUCUGGGACUGCUUGAGCGUCCAGCUGAGUGAAGACCCCCCGACAUACGACCAUGCUAUCAAACUCGUGGGAGAGAUCAAGGAGACACUCUUGUCUUUCUUGCUGCCUGGCCACACCAGACUGAGAGACCAGAUCACAGAAGUCUUGGAUCUGGAGCUGGUGAAGCAGGAAGCCGAGAACGGGGCCCUGGACAUUUCCAAGCUGGCAGAGUUCACCAUCGGCAUGAUGGGAACGCUAUGUGCCCCUGCCCGCGACGAGGCGGUCAAGAAGCUGAAGGGCAUCAAGGAAAUAGUGCCCCUCUUCAGGGCCAUCUUCUCCGUGCUGGACCUCAUGAAGGUGGACAUGGCGAACUUCGCCGUCAGCAGCAUCCGGCCACACCUCAUGCAGCAGUCGGUGGAGUAUGAGCGGAGGAAGUUCCAGGAGCUUCUGGUGCACCAGCCGAAUUCCCUGGACUUUGUCACCCAGUGGCUGGAGGAGGCCGCCGAUGACCUCAUGAGUCAGCAGUACCAGCUCACCCUGCCGGCCAGGGCGGGGGCCGCCGGCUCUGGGGACACCUGGCGGCCGAGCCCAGUGGCCGUGCAGAACCGCGCCUACCUGAAGCUCCUGGCCUGGGACCAUGGCCGGCGGCCCUUCCCCGAGACUGUGCUGAUGGACCAGGCCCGCUUCCAGGAGCUGCAGCUGCAGCUGGGACAGCUGGCCGUGCUGGGGGGUGUGCUGCUGGUCACGUUCGGCGCCGUCCCGGGGGCGUCCAGCCGUGCCGACCUUGCCGAGAAGCUCAAGGCGACGGUGAAGAUUCUGCUCACUGACAUGCACCUGCCCUCCUUCCGCCUGGAGGAGGCCUUGGCUGCCGUUGGGGAGAAGGUCUGUCUGGAGGUGCGCAGCUGCCUGGUGCUGAGCGGCGCAUGCCCUCUCCCCAGCGACAAGGAGGCAGCGCUCAAGGGCCAGAUCCGCGCCGUGGCCAGCCCCGACGACCCCAUCCGCAGGAUCAUGGAAUCUCGAGUCCUGACCUUCCUGGAAACCCACCUUGCCUCGGGCCAUCAGAAGCCAAUGCCCACUGUCCCCGGGGGGCUGGGCCCCGUCCAGAGAGAGCUGGAGGGCGUCGCUGUGAAGUUCGUCCGCCUGGUCAACUACAACAAGAUGGUCUUCUGUCCCUACUACGACGCCAUCCUCUGCAGGGUCCUGGGCAGGCCCUAGCGUGCCCGCAGCCAAGCAUCGCUCUGCUUCAGUCCUGUUCCCGCCGGGAGGCUGCUUCUGAAGUGGCUUGGCAGUGCGCGUCUCUGUCCCAGCACUGGUUCCAAGGGAAGAACACCGCAUGUCACGGCUGCAAGGACUUGUUGAAACAGGUGCUGGGUUCUCUCCGAGAGAUUGUAUUUAUGAGUGCAAGUUUACAAAUCCAAGGAGCUUUUUUCCUCUUGAGUUUUGUAGGUAACGCUCAGCUUUCAAACAGUCGAUGGCUCCGUCUCCAACUCCGUCAUGUCCUCCCAAGGAGGCUGGGGCCUGUCUCCUGCUGUCGGGUCAUUCUUUCAGACACCCGUGUGACAGCCGUCAAGAGUAGAGACCAAGCCCUGACCUCCUCGCCUGUCCCCUGACAGCCCCUGGCCGGUGUUCUGUGCUGGGAGGCUGGCAGAAGGUUUCACGGCCUUUUUCCUCCCUAUUUAUUGCUUCCUCCCUGCCGAGCCUCCAGGCUCCAGAGCUGUUUGUUCUGGAGGAGAGUGAUUCGAUUUAAAAAGCUUGUUCUUUGAUCUGAAAUCACUCCUGAGCAGAUGGCAGCAGCUCUGAUGGGUGCUGUGCGUGCAGUCAGAAGUUGCUAGCGCGACGGCCCAAGGACACGUUUCCCCUGGUUCAUUUAGAAGGAAAGUAACUAGGACAUGGAAUGGUUCAGUAGUGCCAUCCUGGCCGCCUAGAGCGCACAGAAAAGAAUAACUCAGGAGUGUUCGCAUGCAAAGACUUUUAGACAAGAACCUAAAAGAAACUUGGAAGCCAUUUCAGAGAAAAAACAUCCUUUUACUUUAAACUUUGAAGGUUAAAGAGGAAAUUAAAAAAAAACACAUAGUUUAGAAUAAUGUGAAAGAAGAGACAGCUCUGGGGUUUUCGCUGGACAGUGAACUCUGAUAUGAUACACAGACAUGUUGAUCGAAUCCGACUCUGGAAUUAGAUGGAGGCAUUUCCAGGUCAAAAACCCAAGCCCACCAACCUCCUAGCCGAGAAGUCAGGAAACCCCUGGCUUCUGAGCUGUUUCUCAAGAAACUACAGUGCCCGGAACUCCUGACCUGGCCGUGACUGUGCGAGUCAUUUGGGUCUCACUGAUGACCUCUUGUGUUUGCCUGAAAAGGUGUCUGUGUGCAGGUGUUGGGCAGGGACAUCGCAUUCGAAGUGGAGCCAUGAGCUUGGCGUGAUCUCCGACUGCCAGACCAGCAGGGGUUGAGUAACAGGACUCCCUUCAGGACACACUGAGGCUGAGACCGGGUGGGGGCAUUUGCUCCGCAGGCCCCAUGGUCUGGGCGGUCCGGGCGUCCUAGGCCAGGGUGGUUACACUCGCGGAGGUGACCUCCAAGCACAGCUGCAGGCUGCUCUGAUGCCGUCUGUCCUGCGGUCCGUGUCUGCUGCCAGGCGUGGCCAGGAGUCCAUUCAGACUCGAGGACGACUUGCCCUGACUUCUUUAGAAGGACGAGGGGUCAGAAAGUAGGACAUAAGACGAACUCAGUAAUAUCAUACUGGCCACUGGGAGUACGGGUUAAAAAAGAAACAAUUCAUAAUCCAGUGCCAGCACAUGAAGGCUCCCAGGCAAGAACCUGAAGGAGACGUGGAGGCUGGUUCAGGAAAGCCCACGAAGGCCGCAGCCACUGCUGGGCCACCAGGGACAGGCCACGUUCUGCCACAAGCAGCCCUUUCCUCGGCUCCUCCGUGUAAGGAAAUGCGGGGACAGUUCGGAAGGAGGCCAUGGAGCAGUGUCUGUCCUCGGGAGGUGAUGUCACACCGGGAGGGACCGGCCACGUGAAGACUCAGACCUGAUGGCAUCGGGAGAAAUUCUGUUGGAUCU